AUGUCCCAUCCGAAACACAACAUCCUUCAUGCUGUCGAGAUCGAGACCACCCGAGUUUCUACGAAGCGUCAAAGACCUGUUGCCUUUCUUGGCAAUAAACACUUGACCUCUAAUGCUAUUGUUUUAACCAUUGGCUUGGUCGGUCUCGGCCUAGCUUUGCACAUCAAACGGACUAUGGAUUUCAACGAGACUGGUUUCUUAGGUACCACAGCAGUGGUCCUGCCGGAUGAUAAUACCAGCAUGUUUGUACCGAUGGUUUGCGCAGUUAUAGUCGGGGUGGGGAUUAUCUCGAGAUUCAGCAGAACGGCCACGAGUAGAAGUAAUGGGGGCAAUGAACCACCGGUCUUGGGUUCACCAAUUCCGUUCGUUGGCCACUUGAUAGGGAUGUUGAGAUGGCAGGUGGGAUACAUGCAGAUGUUGAGUGCGAAAUGCCAAUCCUGGCCAGCCUUCACUCUGCGGAUAUUCUCCUCGCGUGUCUAUGUCAUAUGCGACCCAUCCUUAAUACAAGCGGCUUACCGCAAUGCAAAGGCCUUUGAUUUCGGCUCCUUCGUUGUCGAAUCCUCGGAGCGACUUUUCAAUAUCAGCCAGGAAGGGAUGAAAAUUAUACGUGGAGAGACGGCUCCAGGAUAUGAUCCGAAUGGGCCUUUUUUAAAUGGAAAUAAUGGGGAUUCAUUUCUUAACGAAGACCAUAGAAUUAUGGUAGAUGCCCUUUCUCCAGGGCCGGCGUUGGGAGAUUUGAAUAGAGCAGUGUUAGAUAGAGUGGCAGGUUCGCUCAACGGCAUGAGUUCGAAUGGCGAGAAAGUUGGACUUUAUAGAUGGAUGAGAGAUAUAAUUACGACUGCAUCAGCGGAAGCUAUAUACGGGCCACAGAACCCGUUCUCCGCCGACCAGGGGCUUGUAGAUGCAUUAUGGGAUUUUGAGGGGGAUAUGACGCUCCUCAUGCUCCAAUUCCUUCCAACAUUUAUUGCUCCUAAAGCAUACCGCGGCCGUGCCGCUAUCAGAGACGCCUUCGCCCAGUACUACAUCGAUGGCCAUGACAAAGGAGCUAGUAGCCUAAUCCGCUCACAUGUUGCAUCUUGCAAGAAAUGGGGCUUCGGCGAUGAUGACAUCGCAAACUUUGAAGUUUCGACCCUCUUCUUAGCAACGACGAAUACAGUAUCGACGUCCUUCUGGUUACUGUCGUACAUACUAUCAGACCCAUCACUCCUCGCCGAAAUCCGCGCCGAGGUAGAAACGGUGGUUACACGAAAAAAGUCGGAAACUACUGGCGAGGAGUGCGCCUUCGUGGACGCAACACUCUUUCAAUCAUACUGCCCCCUCCUUGUCUCCACCUUCCACGAAACCCUCCGCUUCGUGGGAGCAGCGACUUCAGUCCGCUCUGUCGUAGCUAGCACGACCCUCACGUCACCCACCUCUCAAGUAUCCUACUCCCUCUCCUCACCCGCCGUGAUCCAACUCCCCAGUGGCAUCACACACUCUUCCACCUCCAUCUGGGGGCCUGAUGCCGAUGUCUUCAACCCAGCCCGUUUUCUUACUAGCACGAAAGCCUCCUUAGAUAAGGAAACGAGACGGAAGCAAGCCCAGGGUUAUUUCCCCUUUGGUGGUGGGAAGCAUCUCUGUCCUGGUAGACAUUUCGCUACGACGGAGAUACUCUCUUUUGUCGCGGCCAUCAUAUUGGGGUUCGAGGUCGAAGGCUCGAAAGUUCCCGAGCGUGCAUUUCAGAAGCUGGGGACGGGAGUGAGGAAACCAGUUGGGGAUGUGCAGGUGAAUAUUAUAAGGAGGAAUGGAUGGGAGAAUGUGUGGUGGGGUUUUGAUCUACGUGGGAAUGGGGAGGAUAGUGAUAGCAGCGAGUGA